UAGUGGAAACUGAAAAGAAAGGAGGAGGCCUCAUCUUCAGAAAGAGGAAAAGAGAAGGAACCCCACCAGGAGGGGAAGGAAGGGAGAGUCACCGCCAAAACCAGAUUUUGAGGCACUCGGACAACUCACCAGCUGAGCUCAUCCUCUUUCUCUGUCUCUCUCCCUCUCUCUCUCCCUCUCCCUCGGUGGGUGGAAGAGAAGAAGAAAGAACCGAGAGAGAAGAAGCGCCAGAGGGAGAGAGAGGGAGGCGUUGUUCCCGAGGGGAUGCUGUCGGAUACGACCGAAGUUGGGAGGGCUGCGCGGCCGUCGCCGUCCAUGGUGGACCACUUCGACCGGCUGCCCGAGUCCCUCCUCCUCCUCGUCCUCAACCGCCUCGGCGACGUCAAGGCCCUAGGCCGCUGCUCCGCCGUCUCCAAGCGCUUCUCAUCCCUCGUCCCCCUCGUCGAGUCCGUCGUCGUCCGCGUUGACUGCGUCAUUUCCGGCGACGACGACGACCCCGCCGCCUCCAUUGCCGCCCCGGCUUCUUCGUCGUCUGCCACGACGGCCGCCUCCUCCGCGGGUUCCAAGCCCCGGGGGGUCGUCGCUCACCUGUUCAAGCUCCUCCUCAGCAGCAUCAUCCUCCGUCCGAUCCAGGUAAUCCAGCAGCUGAUCGGCCUCAAGAGGGUCAUCCUCGCCGAGGUCUCGCACCACUCUCCUGGGGAGGUCCUCCGGUGCUUCACCGAGCUCCGGCGGCUCCGGAUCGAGCUUCCUGGCGGCGAACUUGGCGUCGACCGGGGGGCACUUCUCAAGUGGAAGGCCGAGUUUGGGAGCUCGCUUGAGAGCUGCGUCAUCCUCGGAGCCACGUCCUUCCGACGGUGCGACGACAGCGAGGCGGAGGAGUCCGACUCUGCCGACAGCGAGAGAGACCCCAAUUACGGCACUGACGAUCAGGGCAGCAUCCCGGAGUCGUUCUACACCAAUGGAGGGCUGAAGCUGCGCGUCGUGUGGACGAUCACCUCGUUGAUUGCCGCCUCCGCACGGCAUUACCUUCUCCAGCAGAUCGUCGCCGAGCACCCAACGCUCGAAAGCCUAGUCCUUACGGACGUCGACGGGCAGGGGAUGCUCUGUAUGGGGAAGGAGCAGCUCACGGAGUUCCGAAGGUCGCCGAUCGCGCCGUCGACGUCCUCGGCGAACAGGACGCAGGUUCCGGCUUUGAACAUGAAGCUGUGGUAUGCCCCUCGCCUCAAGCUGGCGUCUGGUUACGUGAUGGAGGGUGCUACCCUCGUCGCGAUUAGGCCAAUAGAUUGGCCGAUCAAGAAGGAGACAACGGAAGCAUUCAUUGCGAGUGCCUUCGAUGAGCCCUUCGGAGAAGCUGCAAGAGCCAUGGUAAAGAGGAGAACUUACCUUCUGGAGAUGAACCCAUUUUGAGCGAAACCUCGUUGCAAACUUUGGGGAAUUUCUGAUUUCGCCCUGGCGAAGCGAGACGGAAGGGGAAGAAGAUCCUGAAAUUGGGCGGAAGGGCUUGAACAGAUGGGAGUAAACUGGAUACUGUACAUUUAUCCGCGAGGUUGGCUUGUGAUGAUCUGAAGUAAGAUUAACGACCCACGGACUACGGUGAUGGUCGUCAUGAUGAUCAUGAUAAUGUUGACGAUGAGGAACUCUGUAAAACAAUCCUCAACAAAUGUUUGUAAUAACGAUUUCCUGAUGUAAUUUCUUUUUUUAUUUAGUGCUGUGAAUUUUGAUUCUCUCUCAAAAUGAUGGCGUUCAUCACUUAUUCUUUUUUA